CUGUUCUGACUGCAAGGCAAGAGCAGAGACCUGACUAAACGGGCCAACAGAGGGAAAAAACUUGCCCUCUAACUCAAAGAGAGAGCUAGAAUCUGAGACAUCUGAUGAGUUUUGGAGAGAAAGAAACCUUUUGGAAUUUACUGCAGAGAUCAAGCUUUUAUUUUCGUUUAAUGAAAUGACUUUUGCAGCAAAUCAGACCUGCACAUAAGUUUGAAUGAGUUUUGCACUGGAUUUGAUCCUUUUUUAGUUUUUGUGCGUAAUUUUGGGGACAGUUUUGUGGAAGUUAAAAGACUUGGGGUUGGUAGCUUAUAGUGGAAAAAAAAACUUUUAAAGGAUUUAAUUGCUUCUUCGUAGAGACUUUAUUAUCAGUUCCUAUUUCCACUUGUUGGAUUUCAGUGAAAUGAUGUUGUUUUUACACAUUGUCAUUGGCAUAAUUGCCGCUAUGCGCGUCGGCGCAGCGAACAGCGCCUGGGAGGAAAGCACCGUGGUGCCGAUCAGACUGGACCCGACCGGUCGGUCGGAAAGCGAAACCGAAUCGUGGCGGACUCUCUCCGCAGAGGAGAGGGAGAAGGAGGCGGAGAUGAGGCAGUACCGGUUGGACGUGUUUGGCAAGGUGCUGGUCUUGCAGCUAGAGCCUGACCAGACUUUCUUGGCGCCUGGUUUUGUCUUCCACAUUGUGGGGAGUCCCGAGUCCGAACCGACACAGGAACCCAAGAACGGAGCCGAGCCGGGUUGUUUCUUCUCUGGCACCGUGAACGGAGAGGAACACUCUGCCGCUGCGCUCAAUCUGUGCCACGGACUCAGGGGCGGAUUCUACUUUCAGGGUGAAGAGUACUUCAUUCAGCCCCUUAACACGAGUGACUUCCUUGGCACCGAGGACGAUGUCCACAUGAUCCGCCGGAGAGGUCGGGCAGCUUUGGCUGAGGAGGGGAGCACCAAGUGCGGGGUCAACGAGGACGAAGCGCGGGUGCCAAAGAACCUGGAGAAAGAAGCCGGGCACGGAGCCACCACCGCAGACCAGACAGCCCAUCACAGGACCAGGCGUUUUGUUUCUACCCCUCGCUACCUGGAGAUCAUGCUGGUGGCCGACCAGUCCAUGGCUGAGUUCCACGGAGCCGGACUCAAACCGUACCUGCUGACCAUCAUGGCAGUGGCAUCCCGCCUGUAUCGCCACCCCAGCAUUCACAACUCCAUCAGCCUGGCUGUGGUGAAACUGCUGGUGGUGUACGAGGAGGAACGAGGCCCUCAGGUGUCAUCAAAUGCCGCCAUGACUCUCCGCAACUUCUGCCAGUGGCAGCGACAACACAACCCACCAAGCGACCGCCACCCUGAGCAUUACGACACCGCAGUGCUCUUCACCAGGACGGACCUCUGUGGUGCUCACUCUUGUGAUACUCUGGGCAUGGCAGAUGUUGGCACAGUGUGUGACCCUGACAGAAGCUGCUCAAUUAUUGAGGAUGAUGGACUGCAAGCAGCAUUUACUGUGGCACAUGAACUGGGCCAUGUCUUCAACAUGCCUCAUGAUGAUGCCCAGCUGUGCUCUGGAGUCAACGGUGCCCACUGGGGCUCCCACAUGAUGGCCUCCACUCUGUCCAACCUGGAUCAGCAGCAGCCAUGGUCCCCCUGCUCCGCACUCAUGGUCACCACCUUCCUGGAUAACGGCCAUGGUCAGUGCUUGCUGGAUAAACCAGUCAAACCUCAGCCUCUGCCCCAGCCCCUGCCUGGGACUGUCUAUGAUGCCAACCAUCAGUGUCGGCUGACCUUUGGCGAAGACUCCCAGCACUGCCCUGACCUGAGUACCACGUGUGCGGCUCUGUGGUGCACUGUGACUACAUCCAAUGGUUUGCUGGUGUGCCAGACUAAAAACUUCCCCUGGGCUGAUGGAACACCAUGCGGGCAUGACAGCUACUGCGUGGCUGGACAGUGUCUCACUAAGAGCCAAGCUGCCAAACACCAGACUCCCGUCAAUGGUGGCUGGGGAGUGUGGGGUCCCUGGGGAGACUGCUCUCGGACCUGUGGUGGAGGAGUGCAGUAUUCUUUCCGUUCCUGUGACAAUCCCGUGCCCAAGAACGGGGGGAAGUACUGUGAGGGCAAGAGGAUCCAGUACCGCUCCUGUAACACGGAGACCUGCCCUGAUACCAAUGGCCUGUCAUUCCGAGAGGAACAGUGCUUGGCCCACAACGACAUGUCAGCCCAAGUGUCGCUGGGUUCAGGCGAGGGUGUUGAGUGGGUGCCCAAGUAUGCUGGAAUUUCUCCCAAAGACCGCUGCAAGCUGGUGUGCCGGGCCAAGGGGACUGGAUACUUCUUUGUCCUCAAAUCUAAGGUGGCCGAUGGCACACCCUGCAGCCCGGACUCCACCACAGUUUGUGUUCAAGGCCAGUGCGUCAAGGCUGGAUGUGAUCGUAUCAUCGGCUCUAACCGGCGCUUCGAUAAGUGCGGUGUGUGCGGUGGAGAUGGCUCUACCUGCAAGAAGGUGUCUGGCUCCCUGGAACGUGCCAGGCCUGGUUAUCAGGAUGUUGUAACUAUCCCUGCUGGUGCCACCCACCUGGACAUCAAGCAACGUGCCCCAGGCAAUGGUCGUCAUGACAACAGCUACUUGGCCGUACGUCGCCAGGAUGGGACCUAUCUGUUAAAUGGUGAUUACAAGCUGAUGACGAUGGAGACUGACAUCACCUUGCGAGGGGCGCUGUUGCGAUACAGCGGCUCCUCUGCCACCUUGGAGCGCAUCCGCAGCUUCUCCCCACUUCCUGAGUCCCUCACCAUCCAGGUGCUGUCAGUGGGGGAAGCCCCAAGGCCCCGGGUAAAGUACAGCUACUUUGCACCGAGACCCAACAACGCUGCUUCCAACAACAACGGAGGUCGCCGUCAGUCCAUCAAUGCCAUCCGAGAGGUGGGCGGAGCUGAGUGGACCCUGAGAGAGUGGGGUCCAUGCUCCCAGACCUGUGGAGGAGGUGUGCAGCAGAGAGAGGUUGUGUGUUUAGAUUCCCAGGGUCAUCCAUCCAGGGAUUGCCCAGAGGAGCUGCGCCCCUUAGCCUCACGGUCCUGCGCCACCCAGCCCUGUCCCUCCUGGCUUCUCGGUGAAUGGUCGGUAUGCUCCAAGACAUGUGGCCGAGGCUUUCGCAAACGCCAACUCCGCUGCAUCGGCGCUGAUGGGCGCACGCUAAGCCAUGACAGCUGUGACUCCAAAGACCGGCCGCGACCCCUGCUGGAACUGUGCAAUCAGGGUCCCUGUUAAGAACUGCAAACAAAACAAACAUAGCUUUCAGAGAGAUGUCACAUGAAGACUCUGAUCUUCCCCCUUUUCACACGGGCAAGUGUGAGGGGCCGAUGAAUGUUUACAUCCAGAGCAAGAGUGCUGCAUGAUUUCAUGGGUUCCAGGUAGUCUAACAGUCUCACGUGUCAGUGGAUCCACAGUGACUGUGAAUGUAAAGGCCAACUUUUACCCAUUCCUUCCAACCAUUUUGAGGACACACAUUGGCCAGCAAUGACACUGCCACAUAGUUGCAGCAAUAAAGACAGAUUAUAGCUUGCUGUCUGUCUGAUGUCAGCACACUGUGGCACAUUUUGCUGCCAAUGAGAGGAAAGCAUGGACAUCCCUGAUUUGCUAAAGGAGCAUGCUGCUUACCAUGACAAUGUCAGGCUUCUGUGUGUUUGUGAGUCUGAGACUGUGUGUGCAUGACACUGUGUGUGUGUGUGUGUGUGUGUGUGUGUUUGUGUGUGUCGAAUUUUCUUAAUGCAUUUAUAUGUUUGUCCAAGCUGGGCUGGACACACACGUAAGGGUUGGGGUAGGGGAAGUUAUUGCAGAGUAUAUAAAGAAACAAAUGUAAGAGAAUAGGUCAUAUUCUACUUGCUCACCCCAUCAGGUAUGGAAAAUAAGAUAACUAAUAGUCAUAUUGUUUAUGUUCAAACUUGCCAGUCUACGUUUAUUUAUCACAAACCUGUAGCACUUCAUCUUUGUUUUUGCCAGCGGCACAUUUUAACACCCAGUUCUCUCUAGAUGCCUCAGUACACAGUACUUUAUCCUUUAGCCAUAAUUUGCCCUCAACUACACAGCCUUCAAUGAGGGAAUUCUUAAGAGACCAAAGAGGAGUGUGAGUGUGUGUGAGUGUGUGUGUGUGUGGAGAUGUAAAGAGGGACUUGUCUCCUGCUACUACUUCAUAAGUAAGUCUCUCCUGCCUUCCACGAAGGCACCUUGUUUUUUUUUCUGUCUUUUUCUUUUGUACAGAAUAUCCAAACAUUAUUUAUUUUUGUACAGCCUGUUAAAUAUAAUCAUGUGGCUUUUUUAAUAUUAUUUUUUAUUUGUUAUUGAGAUCACAGAAGGGAGUAGAAUAUAUAGAGUAUUUAUACAGUGUUUUAUAUAUAUGGUCCUAGGUUCGUGAAUAAAGUAUCACAUUGACUUGUGCAA